CUCAUGUCCGAACACGGCGUGGGGCCAUCCGCCUUGAUUACGCUCUCGGCGGGUUACCCUGGUCGACCCACUUUUUCUACCUACCUCCGCUCUGCUCCGCUCCGCUCGCUCAGCCCCUUUCACUGAAGGGAUCGCGCAGGAACAGAGAUCGAGCGACGCUGCGAGGUCUGUUAAUUGGCAGCGGCGCUGCGAGGAGGUGGGUGGACUGAAUUGCCUUCCUUCCUCGAGGUAGGGAUAUUGGCGGAUGGAGUCCGGAGAAGGCGGCGCUUCCUCCUCUGCGCCGGCCGGCGACCAGGAUCCUCUGCCUCCACCGCAAGCGCCACCGCCGCCGCAGCAGCAGCUGAGUCGGUACGAGUCGCAGAAGCGGCGGGACUGGAACACGUUCCUGCAGUACCUGAGGAACCACAAGCCGCCGCUGACGCUGGCGCGGUGCAGCGGCGCGCACGUGAUCGAGUUCCUCAAGUACCUGGACCAGUUCGGGAAGACGAAGGUGCACGAGGCGGGGUGCGACUUCUUCGGCCAGCCCAACCCGCCGGCCUCCUGCGCCUGCCCCCUCCGCCAGGCCUGGGGCUCCCUCGACGCGCUCAUCGGCCGCCUCCGCGCCGCCUACGAGGAGAACGGCGGCCGCCAGGAGUCCAACCCCUUCGCCGCCCGCGCCGUCCGCAUCUACCUCCGCGAGGUCCGCGAGAGCCAGGCCAAGGCGCGCGGCAUCCCCCACGAGAAGAAAAAGCGCAAGCGCACCUCCGCCGCCGCCGCCGCCGCCGCCACUACUGCCCCCGCCGCAGGCGAGUCCUCCUCUUCCGCCCCGCCCCCACCCGCCUCCUCCUCCUCUCCGGCGCCGGAUCCGCCCUGCGGCGGUUCGUCGUCGCCGGUCUCAUAACACCAUCAACAAUCAUUCCUGUUUUCCAUUCAUCAUAUAUAUAUUAUAUUAUAUUAUUUAUGCUCCACAAAAUUCUGCCAUUAUUACAAACUAACGAUCGAUCGAGCUCAACAAUCACUGCAUGAUCCUCAGUCUCUCCUGGCUCCUCCCUCAACUCCGAGGAGGAGGAAAAAAAAAAAAAAAAGAAGAUCUAAUUUGGUGGUGCAGCUGCAAGAAC